GAGAAGUCUCAGGUGGCUGACCUGCAUCAGCAUCAACUGACUUGAAAUCAGUGGAAUGGCAUCCGCUCAGCACUAUGGCCGUUCAGACAGGGAGAUUGCCAAUGAGAUGCAGAGGCUGCAGGAUGAACAGGAAGCAGUACAGAAGAGGACUUUUACUAAAUGGAUCAACUCUCACCUGGCAAAGUGUAAUCCGCCUUUGAUGGUGUCAGAUCUCUUUGAAGAUGUAAAAGAUGGAGUGAUGCUCCUAGCUCUUCUUGAAGUUCUUUCUGGUCACAAACUGCCGUGCGAGCAGGGCCGCAAGCUGAGGAGAAUCCACUGGGUUGCUAACAUAGGAAGAGCCCUCAAGUUUCUGGAGGGCAGGAGGUCGGCCUACAGGGGAUCACCGAUUAAACUGGUUAACAUCAACACAACGGAUGUUGUCGAUGGAAGACCGUCUAUUGUGCUGGGGUUGAUUUGGACCAUAAUCUUAUAUUUCCAGAUCGAGGAGUUGACUAGUCAUCUGCCAGCUCUGCAGCCUCAGUCCAGCAGCAACUCUUCAGUGGACAGCUCCAACAGCACUGAAACCAGCAGCCCACCUGUCAAACGCAAGCCCCGCCUCUCCUUUCAGGGCGGGGCAAAGAGAGCCCUGCUCAAGUGGGUCCAGACCACAGCAACAAAGCGAUUGGGUUUGGACGUGAGGGAUUUCGGCCCCAGUUGGCGCACAGGGGUGGCUUUUCUUGCUGUUAUCUUUGCAUUGCGACCCCAUCUGGUUAAUAUGGAACGGGCUUGGAGGAGAGCCAACAGGGAUAACCUGGAGGAGGCCUUCCUAUUGGCGGAGAGAGAACUGGGCAUUCCAAGGCUUCUUGACCCUGAAGAUGUGGAUGUGGAUAAGCCAGAUGAAAAGUCUAUUAUGACGUACGUGGCUCAGUUCCUGAAGCAUCACCCGGACCACAAAGAGACCGACAGUGGACGACAACAAGUCGAGAGGGAGCAGCGCAAGACACUGAGGGAGCUGAAAGCUUGGAUCGAUCAGUUGGAGAGAGACUGCGCUCAAGCCCAGAGGGAUGGGGGAAGUGUUGGUGUACAGUAUCAGAUGUUCAAACGUUACCGUGUACAGUUUGAGGUGCAGAGACGAGAGGUGGAGACGUGCGUUCAAUCCACUCAGAAGGAUGGCAAGCUGACUGCAGAUCAGGCUCUGGUCAAACAAGCUUGGGAAAGACUGUCUGCAAGGCUUUCGGAUUGGCAUCUAAAGCUGGACAGCGGUUUUCCAGAUCCUCUUAGCAAGAUCGGUGUGUGGUUACAUCGGGUGGAGAAGAUGCUUCGAGAGGAGCUGGUCCCUCAACAAGCCCAUGAUGAGACGGCCAAAGCCAUUCACAAAAGACGCUUACACGACCAGGAGAUCUUAAGGCUUGUUGAAAGACACAAGAAGACUUUACAGUUAAUCCACAGAGACAGAUGUGUCAAUAAUGUCCCCAUUCCAACAGAACAACUGCAAGAUAUGGCAGAGAGAUUGAACUACAUAUAUAUCUCCUCGCAUGUUCACUUGAGCAAACUGGAAUUCUGGGAGUCAAAAUAUCGCAUGCUGGCAUUUUUGACAUUAGCCGAGUCUAAGCUGAAAUCCUGGAUCAUUAAAUAUGGCCGACUGGAGUCAAUGGAGCUUCUGCUGCAAAGCUAUGGUUCAUUUGUGAAGGGACAGCAGUUCUUUGAGAAGUAUGAAUCUAGCCAUCAGGCUCUUCAUAAAGCUGCUGAGCUUUACAUUAAAGCAGACAACUCAGUUGAGGACGGAGUAAAAUUCUUCCUGCGAGAGGUGUCUGAUCAGUGGAGGAGUUUGUCUGUGGAGGUGCGAAGCGUGAGGUCCAUGCUGGAAGAGGUGCAGUGUAACUGGUUAAGAUACAACAGCUCCGUGGCUUCACUUCAGGCAUGGCUGGAGGACGCCCAGACUGCUCUCAGGCAACCUGAAAACACCAAACGGGAGUUUUUCCGAAAUCUUCCACACUGGAUGGACCAGCAUGCAGCUAUGAACGACGCGGGGAACUUUCUGAUCGAGACGUGUGAUGAAACGGUGACGCGCGACGUGAAGCAUCAGCUUCUGCUGCUGAACGGAAGAUGGAGAGAAAUGUUUCUGAUAGUCAGACAGUAUGCCCGCCUGCCUGAGACUCAAAACGUGACAGCACACCAGGAUAUCACCUCAGCCUUACAAGAAUUUCUGGACGCUUCUAUGAACAAACUGACCUCACCACUUCAAGUGUCAUUGCUGGAUGUCAAAGCCUUUAUGCUGGAUGUUGAGGACAUCAAACUCAGGCUACCCGCAAUGGAAGCACAAUAUAAGGCGGCGGCUCGAUCCGCCCAGCUCCUAGCCAUUGAAUCUGUUCAGGGUAGUGGAACUCUCUCUACUACAACAGCGAUCGAAACACAACUCCAUCAGCUAAAAGAAAAGUCUCCUUCAAUCCUGAAGCAGUGCCAGAGUCUGUUCCCUCUUUUAGAAGAGCUAGAGAACCAAAUCUCAGCUUUCUACCAGACAGCGGAGCUCGCUGGACAUAUCAUCACCCAACAGCACAACCAGCAAAUGUGCCAGGAGCUACAAACACAGCAGCAAAACUGUAAACACUGUGUUUGUGCUAUUGAGCGCAGUUUCCUGUCCCUACAGAGGGUGCUGUGCGGUGCAAAAUCCCUACAUAAUUUCGAUGUGUCUCUUCUGCAGAACAGAGUCACUGAGAUACAGACCACUGCGGAGGCUCUAAUGCAGGAGGCUUCAGAUUGGAGGCAGGUGUCCGAGACCGGUGGCAACCUCAUGCGGAGGUUUGAGGAGUCUCGUGCUGACCUCGAGAAUGCCUUGCGGGUGGGCCAGGCCUGUCUGAAAGAAAGAGGAGACCCGGAUGAGCUGUUCCGCAAACAUAACGAGUUCUUCGGCCGUCUGGACCAACACAUUUUGAGUGCUUAUUUAAAAGCGUGCGAUGACCUCACUGACAUCAUCUCUGAUGAAGACCAGAAGAGUCUGCGGGAGACUGUUAGAAGACUGCACAAGCAAUGGAAGGACAUUCAAGCCGAGGCCCCGUCCCACCUGCUCAGACUCCAGGUGGAAAUAGAGAGACGUUUGAUGAUGGCUACGUUACAGGAGUGCAGUGUAGAGCUUAAAAGAGAAGACAAAGCCCUGCCCACCGCUGGAAGUGAGAGACUGAUCAAAGAACACAGGACAUUUUUCAUAGAGAAAAACCCUCUAUCUGAAUGUGAGGAAAAACUUAAGACAAUGGAGAAGCUCUGUCAGGAUCUUCCUGAAAAUGACGCAGGUUAUCAAACACUUGAAGAGACCAGACAUCAUCUCGCAGAGGUCAGGAGUUUGGUAGAGAGAACACACCUGAGACUCCAAAAACAUCCAGAUAAAUGGAGAGAGUGGCACAUCAGGUUCAGUGAGCUGUCCGAAUGGCUUCUCUCCCAGCAGGGAUUGCAGGUUGAUGCUGAAAUCUCCACUGUCCAGACGGAGCGGCAGGCGACGGAGGCUCAGGGUGAGAUUCUGGGCUGGCUCAGAGCUCGUCUCGCUGUGCUGGAAGAGAUAAGUUCUGAGAGUGAAGUUCACACACACAGAGCUGCUCUCGAGAAACUCGCACUAGAGUUUUCAACACGGCUACACUGUCAGUCUGAGGAUGGUACUGUUGCUGUGCCAACUCAAAAGAGCACAAAGACUGAAGAGGAGGUGCUUUAUGAAGAGGAGGGGAUCCACACACAGCAGCACCGAAAGAUACUGAUGGCAGAAAACGUCACAGAGGCCAAACAGAUGCUCCUCAUUCACCAGCAAAAUCUGAAAUCCCAAUAUGCAAAUGAGAUGGAUGUUCAGGAGAAACACCUGGAGGUAAUCCUUUUAAUCAAACCAGAGCCGUUGAGGGAGAGUUGCGACAACCCCGUUGAGUAUAAUGGAACAGUAUUUUUCACAGCAAUGGCGGUUCAUGGAGGCUCUCAAUAG